AUGUUCUUACGUCUUAAUAGCAAGUCGGGAAAUUUCGCUGACAGGGCGCUCUCCAUCGAUCCAUGGCCUGCUCAUGCUACCGAACGGGUGAAUACCGAAACGCAAAUUCUUCGAGAUGGAAAUAGACUCAUAGCUCAGUCUAAAGAGCAAUCUAAACUAAAGCCUCCUCCAAAACCGAGAUUUUUGGUAUUACUUGAGAACAAAAUUAUGCGAGAUACGAAAAAGCUGGGGAUAUCUGAGGAAACAUCAGAUCCGCUUCGUCUUCAGUUAUAUCGAGAAAUUUUUGAUCGUUUUAUUGAAGAAUGCGCCUACUAUGCUCCAAUUCUGGCAAAGAUAAAAGAUCAGUAUGAAGGGUUCAUAAUGCAUUUACGGAGGGAAAUCAAGGAGAUGCAACCGAUAAAGGCAAGAGAAUUACUCAUUGCUCAGCAUUAUUUAUGCCUGCGGGGCAAGAGCUCCUAUGGGUUGCCUCUUUUGAUGCCGAUAAACGUGUCAACGAAUUUCAAAGUCGGGAAAAUGCGGGUAACUUGCUGUCCAACGCAAUUACCUCAAAUCCCCCUAGAAAUCGACUUUUUAAAGUUUGAGAGAAAUCAUGACAAAUAUAAGCUGGACAAAUUGAGACAGGAGUGUGUCGAGUUACAGGUGACGGUAAGAGCUGCCUUGAGUAGGUUCUUUGAGAUGGGGAAUGUGCACGGAUAUCUGCUGAAACUCCUAUUGUGUCACUUGGAGGUCGCAAAACUGAUGGAACAGCUGAGGGCCAGGGAAGGGACUUGCAACCUCGAAGCAGAUGGACGAAAAUUGCUUGUCGCUGAGGUGAACGAUAUAAACUCUAGACUGCGUGAACUUGAAGCUCUGACUCGGGCCGACAUGGAUCGCAACAUUGAUGACCCCGUUAAAUUGAAGGUUUUAGUUGGAGAAUACGAAAAGGCCCUCGAAAGUGCUAACACAGAGCUGAACGCAUACCGCUCAGAUUUUGAGGAAAGAGUGCCUCGGGUGAAGUACGACGAAACGAAGAAGCAACUUGAAGCAAAGAUCAGGGAGGUUAACUCUCUCAAUGAGGAACUGGAGAGUGCUGCAAGCCGUUACAGGUACUUCGCGGGACUGUUAUCCCAAAUUGUCAACGUACAAAUGUUCGACUUAUUUGCAAUGUAUUCUGGUUUCGUUUUUAAUUUUUGUAGAUCAGAUCCAGCCCAGAAAGUGGAGUACAUAAACGCCCUCCUUUUCAAGUACCGGAAGAUAGCGCGUGAAAAGACCGCUGAACAGCUAGCCGACUUUGUGGUCCAUGAUCUGGCUAAGGCUGAGGCCGGUGGUCUCCCCUCAGUUAAUCGACCCACUGUCGGUAAAAAUCGGCCCAAGCCUGAAGGUGAAUGA